AUGGAGAGGCCAAACGACGGGGAGGUUCAUCCGCCGCGCAUGACGCGGGCAGAGUAUACCCGCAAUGUCCGGGCUGCUAUUGAAGAACGACGGCACAAAGCCAUGGUCAACCGGCAACACUACCAGCCUCAGAUUCACGAACAAAUCCAGAGGCUCUUCUCAGAUUAUGAGGCUCCAUUCUACGCCAGAAUGCGCGGUUUCGGCCGCACGCAAACCCUUGCGCUAGCCGAGUCUACCGUCUUGGGCCUGGCCGCCGGCACCGACAGGAACCUAAGUGAUACUGAGACGCAGGCAUUGACGGAGCAUUUCCUCUCCAGCGUUCACAACAUGCUGGCAUGGAAAUGGGUCAUGACCGGUCUAGCAGGAUACAUGGCCUACCGCGGGCGGCAGACCAUGCGGUUCCCCUUCUUCAAGCCCGUCAUUACAGGCGGACGAUUCAACCCCGCCACCGGCGGUCCCCAAGUCCGCAUCAUGUGGCACACUGCCCGGUUUGCAGCAUACUACGGCACAUUCUGGCUCAUUGGAGAGCCAAUCUUCCAGGGUGUCAACUUCCUGCGCCAGAGCUAUUCCAUGGACAAGGACCCAAGGCUCGCCUCGCUGCUGCGAGACGGAAAGAAACAGACUGGCGAGGUCCUCGGCGCCGUUCAGGACUCAAAUAGCCAGCAAUACGGAGAUGCUUGGAGACCUGAAUCACAACAAGAAUACUCGUCACAAAUCAAUGACGGCUACCAGCGACCUUCUCAGCCGACACAAGCACAAGAGCAACAAACAUGGGCCUCGUAUCGCCGCCCCGAACCAGCGCAGCAGUCUCCACGGGGUUGGGACGCAGCAGACGACAUUGACGAUGCAUCCCCCGUGGCACCGUCACCUAGAUCACAGGCUGAAGGGGCUCAAUCCUACGGCGGCUCCGCAUGGGAUCGUGUACGACAGCAGGCCCAGUACUCGCCACGACAGACCCGACGGGACCAAAAGUCAUGGGAGGCGCCGCAAGGCGCCAACAGCGCAUGGGCCAGCGAUACUGAUGCCAGUGCACAGUAUCGUGGCCCCAGGGAUGACUACUCGUACUCCAGCACAGACGAGGAAAAGUCAACGGCGAAGGUGCAGGCACAGAGAGAAUUUGACGCGUUGGUGGAAAGAGAGCGGAGAGGUGCUGAUCAAGAACGUGGUUCAUGGGGGAAGUAG